AUGCGGGAACAACUGAAACCUGAAAGAUCAGCGCUGGUUGCGAGAUAUGAGUUCGACAACCAAGCCAGGAAUUCCGGUGAGUCACUUAGUCAUUAUGUAGCCACUCUGAAGCACUUGGCCACAGAAUGCAAGUUUGGAGAGGCCAUGCAAACAAAGCGCCUUCGUGACCGAUUAGUUUCGGGUAUCCGCGACUCGAAGAUGAUUACGGAGUUGUUGAAAGUAAAACUCGCCGACCUUUCUUUUGAUCUUGCGGUUCAAAAGUGUUUGGCCAUUGAGCACGCUAAUAAAGAUUUUCAGGUGCUUCAGGGAGAACAAGGGCCAGGCACGCCAAUCAAUAAACCUGACACUGUCAAAACUGGGGAAGAAGAAGCCACGUCCAAGCCACCACCUAAGGCCGAGGGUUCCCGGGGUUUGGGCAAGUUGAAGAAUAUUCAAGCAUGGAUCCAAGUUAAAGAGGAUGCCUGGCCUCGAUUCUGGAAAGCCCGCCCAGUAGCGCUGGCUCGUAAACCAGCAGUGGACGAAGCAUUGAGAGAGCUGGAAGCUGAAGGAGUUAUAAAGAAGGUAGCUACUAGUGAGUGGGCUGCUCCAAUUGUGACUCCUGUGAAGAAGGAUGGCAGUGUAAGAGUGUGUGGCGAUUUCAAAGUGACCAUCAAUUCACAGCUGGAAGUAGAGGAGUACCCUCUUCCCCACAUUGAUGAUAUUUACGCCAGCCUCGGUGGGGGAACGUUGUUUAGCGUCAUUGACUUGCGUCACGCUUACUUACAAAUGGAGGUCGAGGAGCACUCCAGGCCUUUCCUCACCAUUAACACAACCCGCAGUUUGUUCCGGUACCAGCGCCUUCCUUAUGGUGUAGCUUCGGCACCAACCAUCUGGCAGCGAGCCAUGGAUCAGAUCCUGCAAGGACUACCAGGGGUCUUCCGUUGCCUGGAUGAUAUCAUUAUAACCGGCCAUACCAUAGAGGAACACCUUGAGCGGUUAGUUGCAGUAUUGAAGAGGCUGGAAGAGUAUGGUUUGAAGGCCAACCGAGAGAAGUGUAAAUUCCUUAAAAGCUUUGUGGAGUACCUUAGACAUGUCAUCUCUGCAGAAGGACUGCAUCAAUCCCCAAAGAAAGUAAAGGCUAUCACUGAGAUGCCGAAACCUCAGGAUGUUACUCAACUGCGUGCUUUUCUUGGCAUGGUCCAGUAUUACACCAAAUUCUUGCCCGAUCUGGCCACUCAUCUUGCUCCACUUCAUCGGCUGUUACAGAAAGAUGUAAAGUGGUUGUGGGGAGCUGCGGAACAAGCUAGUUUUCUGGUGGUGAAAGAAAUGUUGCUGCAGGAUAUGGUGACCUAUUUUACUGAGGAUUUG